CGAUCAAUUGCUUUAAGCCCGUAGUACUUAGUCACCUGGAGGCGUCAACCCAUCUUGUUAUUGUUGCUGAAACGUCAUUUUCCCUUUCCCACAGGUUGAAAUUAUGAUAUGAUCAGAGUUGUGGUACUUCACUUCUGACAGAGGUAAUAUUCAAAAUGAGACGGCACGGGUAGAAGAAAUUUGAAGACAGGUGUGCAAGAUGUUCAGCGAUUGGCCCUCAGAGCUGGUUCCUCAGCAGGGCUGGGGAGAUGAAGCUGCCAUUAGUGCUUUUAAGGAUGCUGUACCAUGGAGUGUUGGUCGUGAUUUUGUUGCUGGCACAGCAAAGCACCUAGCAAGCAGCCUGGGCCUCACCAAACCUGGUCCCCCCAUCAGGAGCAAGAUCAUUCACGAUAAACAGUUGCAGGUUCUUAUGCCGGCCCUAGGCUAUGGUUUGAGCUUUCCACUCUCAGAAAUUGACAUCCUACGUGACUGUGUUAGUGUUUACUGCGAGUGGUUGUCAGCUCUGCUUCCCAAUCCCAAGAGCAGUGUUCCAGCUCCGAUACUGAAUGAUCCAAACCACUAUGCAAGAAUCAUCAUAAAUCAUUUUUAUUAUCUUUUUGUACCAAGAGGAGCUCAAGGACCGGAUGUCAUCAACCGUCAGGCUGUAUUAUGCCAUCGUGUUCUGCGCACCUUGCAGAACAUUGCUCAAAACUCACCCUGUCUUAGUGAAGACACCUGGCAGACUCUGCUGCUGUUUCUUUUGCACAUCAAUUCUGCUCUUCUCUCACCUCCUACUGUGAAAGUUGCAGAUGAGAGUGAGGGCGUUCCAAACUCCACUUUAGGUCUAAAGUUUACUGGAGAUGUGCCUGAGGAUGCUGGUGAACAAUUGUGUGAGAGGGUACUGAGUGUCUUGUUUGAGACAUGGCUACUGGCUUGUGCUAGGUGUUUCCCUCCUCCACCACUCUGGAAUGCACUGAGAGAGAGCUGUCAGCGUUGGCGCCAUCGUGGAGGUUUGAUAGAUCAAUGGAAUAGAAUAAACUUUGCACUUUCUGCAAAGCUUAUCAGUUUUAUGUAUGGACCUGCCUUUCCCCAAAUAAAGAUUUCCAGUGAAGAUGACCUGAAUAUUAUACCAGUCAACAUGAGUAGAGACUGCAUAGCACAAGUAUGGUAUCGCAUUUUACACAUCAUAGGCAACCCUGUGGAUCUCAGUAGGCACACAGUCAUCAGUAAGACUCCAGCAUUCUUGAAGUAUGCAAUAUCAUCUGAGCUUGUGAUAGAGCCCAGCCAGCAUCCAUGUUUACAGAUGCUGCCUUCCAUCUUCCUGUCUGCCAUGAAAGGAGUUUCAGGAUUGGUUGAUGCUUUCUUGGGUGUUCCAAAUACUUCUCUGGAUAACUUGAACCAGAAAGGGAGGCAGAUGUCAUCUUCAUCCUCCCUGUCUCUCUCUUCAGAUGGUAAAUCAGAUGAUGCUGGGCGUGUUUUGUCAAGUGGGAGGCCAAAAUGUAAUAGCCUUUUGCAUUUAUUUGGGCCUUGGCUGUUUGAAGCAGCAUUGAUCAAUUGCAAUUUACAAGCCAGCCCAGUUACUCAGCACAAAUCUGAUGGUGGUGGAAGUGGUGGCCCAGCUUCACGCAGACCUGUGUCAGUGUUUGGGAGUGAAAACAGUAGAAAGUCUAGUGAUUCGUCUGUGCCAGGAGAGUCACACACAGACCGCUUAGCACACCUCUCCCCCCAGCAUUUCCAGAGUGGGCGUGCAGAGGCUCUUGGUGCUCUUUGUAGAAUAUUUUGCUCAAAGAAGACUGGAGAAGAGAUUCUGCCUGUGUAUUUAGCCCGGUUUUAUUUGGCACUUCACCAAGGCCUACGUCAGAAUGAUGGCACAGUUGUAUCAUCCCAUCAUGACUCUAAUGCCAGCCAGUCCAAUCGUCAUGGAGUUAGGACUGGGACAUGUAGUGAGACAGCAGCAAGCAUAUUGGUGAAUGGGGUUGACCUUUUUCGGUUGGACUUGCAAGGUGUGGUGAGCUUGGUGCCAAGUGUCUUGGGAGUGUUAGAAGGUGUCCUUCCAGAGGGUGAACUUCGAGCUCCAAGUCACUUGCCGGUUACACUGCUUCGUCGAGCUGCCACACACAUUCUUCUGUCCAUUCUUCCAUUACCUCUGCACUUCCAGGGUCUACAAGUGAAGGAAGUGGGCAAUAAUAGCAAUGAGAGGAUAACACUCUCACAUCUUCGCCCACAACUUGUCAACCUUCUCUCCAAUGCACUGCAAGUGGAGUCUGAUCCUGUCAACACGCAAAUGUUACUUGGUGGGCUACUGUUUUGUGUCCAAGAUGCUGCAUUUUGUGAAGUCAUGGAUUCCAUUUCUCAGCAUAAUUUCUCAACAGAGAGAGAUCAUAACAUAAUGUCUUCAGGUGCCUCAGACACAGUUAGUUCGCAUGGUGACUAUAACAGCCUUCUUGACGAGAGCUGUGAGACCCUGCCAGAGGGGAGCCUCGGCCAGGUGGGCUCCUCAGGAUUCUCAAGUGCCGCCACAAGCCACGCCACAUUGCAGAGUGCCACAGAUGCAGAAGGGCCACCAAGUAUUGAAGAAUCGGAUUCAGCUCAUGCCUUAUUUGUACGAGCAAUCUACCUCGUUUGUCACCGAUUGAUAUCGUCAUGGAAGAGUGAUGUGAACGUGUCUCUGGCGGGACUAGAACUGCUCUCUGGGCUUGCUCGACUCAAUAUAGCUGAGCAAGAUGGAUUAGAAUGUAAGCGUGCAGUGAAGUGGCUGUGCGAUUACAUAGCUUACCAGUGCUCUAGACCCCCUAGAGCUCACUCAAAGGAUCUUCAUUCAACCAUUGUUGCAGCGUUCCAUUGUGCGAGUGUCUGGCUAGUGGCGCAUCCAUAUCUGUUGCAAGAUAAAGAGUGCCUUGCAACAGUUCUAGAGGUUGUUGAACUUGGCAUAUCAGGAUCCAAAUCACAGGUAAAAUCAAGUGAUGCCCCAAGACUCAAGCAUGAAAAGGAGCUAAAACCAGCUAGCAUGAGGGUUAAAGAUGCUGCUGAGGCACUGCUCUCAUGUGUUUUAUCUCAGGUUGGAACUUUCCCAUCUGUGUGUGGUGCAGAAUCUCUCUCCUCCUUGCUUGAUGAAGUGACCCUGCUGCGACACUGCAACACUUGGGGGGGCUCGGACCAGCUCACAAGGGACACUGCUGCACUCCAUUUCAGAUAUUUUGUGGCUCAGAAUUCCAUAAUGCUGGCACUCUUAGAGCAGCCUCUUGGGAAUCAUCAAGACCCCCAGCCAACAGUUACUGCCUUGAUCCGUGGGCCAUUUGGAAGAGUGGUCUGGACUAUGCAGUUGCGACACUUACCGAGACACAAGUCGUCAGCUAAGCUGUACACUGUCAAUCCAGGACGGCCAUUGCCAAUGAAUGAUGUUGGGAUUAAGCACAGCGUAAAACCAAAAUAUUUCCCAGAUAGUGUUGACAGAAUACCUCUGAGCAAAGCGGACAAGUCCAUUCCAUCACUGGAAAGUGUAAUUUUGAAUGAUGAGAAGUCUGCUCUAGAGCAUGAUAAACUUUUGCAGAUUUUGGACCAUCAGGUUGCGUUUGAAGACAAUGUUCGGCAUCAGGUAGAAAGAGAGACCACAGAAUACCCCGACGUAGAAACCGAGUGUGCUGCACCUCCUCUCUGCCAUGAAUUCCAAACAGCCAGGCUGCUCCUGUCGCACUUUGGGUUCUUGUCCCUUGAUGCAUUACAGCAGUCGGUGGAUGCGGCUGUUCCAUCCCUAGUUGCAUUGGACUCCAGUAUGGCUGGCUUUGCACGUGACUUGGACCUUUUAGACACGACCAACAACCGCACCAUUGACACGGCUCAUGUCUUUUAUGUCCGUGCUGGUCAAAGUGCUCCCCAGGACAUUCUCCUGAAUGUGGUUUCAUCCAACACUGUUCACCCUCACUUCCUUGAAUUCCUGACUGGGCUGGGAUGGAUGGUCAAUGUUUAUCAACACCCAGGCUGGACAGGACAUGUAUCUACAGCCUUUACUGUUACCACACCACCUCAAGAAGUAGUGGCAGAUUUGAAUCAUGGAGGCAGCUGCUUUAGUGGCCGUUCUCAUGUCCUUUAUUGGUCUGAUGCCCUGAGUGAGGUAGCCUUUGUAGUGCCGUGUCCUGCCAUAGCUCAACAGAAUCAAGGCAGUCAGCAGUCCCUAGGGAGUACUUCCAGUCCUGGUGGGAUUGUCCUUGACCCAAAUGAAAAGGUUGCUGCAGGAGGUGGAGGUGGGUCUGGGAGUGAACGCUCUGACUCACUCCCUUCUUACGAUCCAGAUGUUGAUGCAGGGUCGUCCCUCUCUUCACACACUUCACAGUUGUCUUUUGGACAUGGUGAAAAUAGGAAUAGGAAAUUUGGGAGACAGACAAGUGCUAUGGCAUGCAGUGACCACAAAGUGUUUAUUGUGUGGCUGGAGAGUUUUGAUGACUGCUACACUUUUCCAGGAAAUGAACUGCUUCCUGAAACAGUAACUGGCAGGGAGUCAAGCUCAUGGAAGGAAAAGGAAGCUGUCAUAUAUAUUAUAUUCAUUCAUGCUCUCACAAAUGGACUCUUCAGGAUUAAACUACAGGGUCAGAAUGCUAAAUUGAGCAUGGCUGGACCUCUUGUGGAUGGCCAGGUUGUGAGCAGGCGUGUUCUUGGGACUUUGGUGAGACAGACGGCUCUCAAUAUGUGCAGACGUAAACGGCUGGAGAGUGAUAGCUAUCAACCUCCACAUGUUCAACGCAAGCUCCGCAUCCAGGAGAUGGUCCAGAAAUACAGAUAUGAAAUGAAUGAGCCAGAGUUCUACACGCACCUCUUCACUAGUCCUCUUUGCUAAGAUUAGAGCUCCAGAGAUCUGCUAGGUGAUAGGCAGGAGGAUUUACGUGAAGUGCUUCUUUGUGAUAUAGUAUUGAAACCAAUUUAUGCUCUUCCAGGGAAUCAAAGAUGAACUUGCACUUAAUACCAAAGAAUAGAAUAUACUGUUAUUGUAUUUAAUUUGCUUGUAUUAUGUAUACACAAGUUGAUUAUUUUUGAACUUUUAAACAGAGCUUAACAAUUAAUUGAGAUGAGGUUGUGGUUUUGUGUUUUAUGUUGAGAAGCUGUCAGACAUAGCUGUGACAUUGUAAAUAAUGUGGUUACUUUACAUGCACUAUUGUCUUUUUUAUGUUUUGUUAAUUAUUUAUAUUGUUACUUUUAGUUGAUGUUAUGCUUGACAAGCAGUAUUAGAUUCUUAAAAGUGAAAAUGUAUUAUUUUCAAAUAAAUGUCAUCUUUCAAAGUAACUUAACAUGAUUUUUGGGCUGGAAUUGAGCCAACUCAUAAGAAUGCUAAGUUCAUGUACAGAUCUA